AUGCAACUCACACAGGAAAAGGGGCCGACGCCGAGAGGUGGAGUGUGCCGAUCGCUUCCUGCUCGCCGGGAGGGCCGGCUGGCGUGGAGUUGCAGCCGCGGCUCUUCUCCUCGUCCCCGACCCGCUCCUGUAGAAGAUUCAGAACUACAGAUUGCACUAAUUGCCCUCUUCUCUGAGAUGCUGUAUCGCUUCCCUAACUUGGUGGUGGCUCAAGUCACCCGAGAGAGCACACAGCAGGCCAUUGCCAAUGGCAUCACGGCCGAUCAGAUCAUUCAUUUCCUACGGACAAGAGCUCAUGCUGUGAUGCUAAAACAGACUCCUGUGCUGCCACCCACAAUAACAGAUCAGAUCCGGCUGUGGGAGCUGGAACGGGACAGACUGCGCUUUUCUGAGGGAGUCCUAUACAACCAGUUCUUAUCCCAGGUGGACUUUGAGCUGCUCCGUAACCAUGCCAAGGAACUUGGGGUCCUCGUUUUUGAGAACCCAGCCAAGCGUCUCAUGGUGGUGACUCCCGCCGGCCAUUCAGACGUCAAACGCUUCUGGAAGCGUCAGAAACACAGUUCCUGAAGACAUGGCUUGCACUCCACGUUCUUCUGAAUAAGUUUGUUGGGAAGUGGACCAAACAAAAAGGCGGGAAUAUCUCUCCUCCCAUUACUUUGAAAUGGAUACAAGAUACAGAGAGAAGGAAAACAGGGAUGCCUGCCUUAUUAUCCCUUUGGCAGCCAAAAAGAGAUAUGGAACUUAACAAAAAGGAACAACAAGAAAAAAAAGUUCAUUGGUUCAGUUUAAGUGUCACCUUUCAUCAACUCUCUCUGGCAGGAGUGACACCCUAACUGGGAUAACAUUGGCACGAAAUAGGGUAGAAGUCCAAUAAAAUGCUUUGGGAAAAUAGAAAUAGCAGGGGCAAAGCCAUCUCACUAAACUAAAAGGAACUACUUGAGGCCAAUGAGUUGUUGAUGCAAAGUUAUUAAAACUGAAGGGAUGUGUAAUUCGUUCCCUGCAUGGUUGAAUACUGAAUCUUCAAGGUGCAAGGGAGUUCUGGUAUCAGACUGUCUACAACCUGGCAUCAUCCAACUAUUUAAACCCUUGCUACUAUCCUCCUGAGACCUAUCUGGGGAAUGAUAGAAAUUGGAGCCCACUACAUCUAGAGUGCAGCUCGUUGGAGAAGGAUAUCAAAAAAAAAAAAAAGCGUUAAGCAAUUAUCAUUUUUAUUCUUUAAAUGGCUUGACCCUCUCAGCUCAACGGGUGCAGAAAGAAGAGACAGUAUUUCAUUUUAGUUUUAUAGAAGCUGCUAAUGUGUAGGCUGCCUUGUUCUAAUAAGGCGUGUGGUUUUUAUAGGUGUAAUUCAAGGUGUUUUUCUAUCCAUGUGUGAAUGAAGACAGAUCUCUAUGCAGAAGCUGGGUUUACACAUUGCAUUAACCCAUAUUGUGAUUAGUUUGGCCCUAACGUGAUGUGUUCAGCACACCAAAUCACUCUAUUUUGAUCUGGCGAUGUGCCCAAUCUGAUAUCAAGGGAAUAUCAUAAUCCAUCAUGGGGUUGCCAUUUUUUUUUAAAAAAAACAACCAGUGCCAAAUAUUCAGAUGUUUCAACGGGACUCAGCAACGUAACUCCAGCAUGAAGAUGCUGUGAUUUCACUUGUUCCUGUUCUGCCUGGAAGGGAGACCAUUGUUGAAGAUAAUCUGUUCACCAAUCUGUCCUGUGUUGAUGAACUUGCUGAAUCCUGAACGCACAGUUGAAGCCUCUGUUCAGAUGGACGGAUCAGUCAGCAGGUUCCUCAUUCCACCUCUUUUAUCUGAAAUUCAGAUAUUGAAUUAAAACUAGCUGAGGAGUUGUGGGAAUAUCUUCAGGUUUUUAUUCUUCAUCCUAAAUUUGGCAUCUCCAAACAUUGCAGAGGAUGUGCUGUAUUUUAUACUUGGGAAGCUGUGCUAAGAGGCUUAUGGGUGGUUGUAAAGAGGAAGUGGGAAUCUUUUGUGUAAAUCAAACAGACAAAUA